UUGCAUUGCCCCGCAUCUUCCUGCCUCCUGAGCAUCUCUCGCUCUCUCCCUCCAGCCCUCCCCCUUCUGUUCCCGUAUUUCAUCCCUCUGCCCCUUCCUCUGUCUCCCCCUUCCUCUUCCAUCUCCCCCUCCGUCCGUCUGAUUGUCCCUGCUGACGCUGGCCUUGAUUCUGGAGGACCCUUCUUGUCUGCAGAAAUGUCGCGUCAAAGCUUUGGACUUCUAGGAAAAUCCUACGCCUAUGACACAACAGGAUCCUGGUUGCUGGGGAAGUGGCUGCACAUACCCCUGUACACAGUGCCUCUGUGUAGUGCUGUGGUGGAUGUUGCUAUCCAGGAUUAUGUGGCUGACGUGGCCGCCGAACUUAUCUACCAGAACAAGAGCCAGAUCUCCACAGAAGUCCUCUUCGUCUUCCCCCUGGGUCCCCACAUGGCCAUUUACUCUUUCCAGGCCUGCAGUGAGGAUGCCAAGGUCCAGGCCAUGCUGCAGGAUGAGGUCCAGCAGCUGCAUGAGGCUACAGGGGGCUGGGAGGAUCUGGAAUACCUUCUGGAUCAAUCUCAGUACGUGGGCGAGGUGUUUGCCUGUCCCCUGGGCACCCUGUCCCCUGGCAGGGAAGUGGUCGUGACCUUGCACUAUGUCCAAGAGCUGCCACGGGAGCCAGAUGGAGCAGCCCGUUUUGUGCUGCCACCCACACUGCAUCCCUACACAAACUUGUAUGUCUGGGGUUGUCGCACUAGCGAGCUGCACUACAGCCUACUGCUCACCGCUAGCCUGCAGUCACCCCGGGGAGUGGCCAAUGUCCAAGCCAACUUCGCCCUCACCCCUUUGAUCUACACUGCCCGGGACUGCAGCACUGCACAGGUCUCAUUGGCUGGCAGGCCCCCAAGUCAGCAUGAUUUGGAACUGCUGGUGUAUUACAGAGCCCCCACUGCAGUCAGUGCUGCAGUGGAGAAGGGAGACCCUGAGGCCCCUCCAGGCUCCCUCCUCGGUGACCCCAUGGUGUUGGUGAUGCUGGCACCCAGCAUUCCUGAGACAGUAAUUGGGCAGCGCCAGUAUGGAGAGUUCAUCUUCCUCCUGGACACCACUUUCCUUGAGCAUGCACAGGACUCCCUGCUCUUCCUUCUCAAAAGCCUGCCCCUGGGCUGUUACUUCAACAUCUACUGCUAUGAAGAAACCUCUGUGGGCAUCUACCCGCAUAGUGUCGAAUAUACUCAGGACAACCUAACCGAGGCCAUGAGGCGCAUCCCCUCCAUCGGCUCCAGUGUGGGUGACACAAACCUGCUGGAAACCCUCCGCUCAGUCUACAACACCACCUCCCACCCCUGCGGCCAUAUGCGCCAGCUCUUCAUCUUCAUGGCUGGACUACCCCCUGAUAAGGAAGCCAUCGCAGCUGAGGUCUGCCGUCACCGCAACAGCCACCGGUGUUUCUCCUUCUGCUUCUCUGAGGACAGUGCUGCCCUGGCUAUGGCCCUUGCCAGGGAGACAGGGGGUGAAGCUGCCUACGUCUCCUCUGACAACAGUAUGACAGUUGUGGUGUUGAAGUGCCUGAAGCAGGCUCUCAAGCCAGCAGCUGAGGGAGUCUCUCUGAGAUGGACCCUGCCCCACGGACUGGAGGUUGAGGUACUGGGGGACAGCCCUCAGUUCAUCUUUCAGGGUCAACACAGCCUACUCUAUGCCCAGAUCCGUGGAAGGACACAGGAAAUGACGGUGGCCAAGGGGGUCAUGACCUUGCAGUACAGCCUGAAUGGCCAGGAUGUCACUCACAGCCUUGAAUUUCCACUGUGCCCACAGGGAGAUGGUCGGCUUGCUGGGCAUCGUCUGGCUGCAAGACACUUGCUGAAGAGGUUGUUGCCAGAGGCUGUGAGUAGGUCAGGGGAUGAACUGAGGCAUCGCGCAGUGGAGAUCAGCCUCAAUUCCGGGAUCAUCUGCCCCUUUACGAGCUACGUGGGGGUUCGCACACCGCUGAGGGUCACCUGGUACCGAAGACCCCUGGCACUGCUGCCAUCCCACCAGUCACUCAUUCCCUGCCGAAUCGUUGAGCUUCGUGGCUCCAGUAAAGUCUCUUCGUGCUAUCCUGUGAGCAUCUGGGUCCCACCUGGCUGGCUGACAGCAGUGCGUGCCUCAUGGCUUGCCCUCUGUCAAGUCACCCAGGGCAUUGCUGCCCUGCCCCAGUUGGGGGCUUGCUCAAAAGCAUGUAAACCACCACCACCAUCUAUUUCUUCUCUCAAGUAUGUGGAUCCCAUGGAAUUUGUUUUGUGCUCAAUUAGUGGGCGAUGGUGCACUGAAGCCAUUGCUGAGUGCCAGGAGCUGGUGGCCCUGCAGAAUGCAGAUGGCUCCUGGGCCCUUACCUCAGGACUGGCCUCUGUGCUGGAAGUCGAUGAGGACGAACUCAAGAGAAAGAUGCCUGGUGAGGUCAUGGAGUCAAGUAUCUGGGCCACAAUGCUGGCUGUGACCUGGCUACACAGACAUGAUAAGUGUUACCAAGACGUCUGUGAGUUGCUGGAGGCCAAGGCUGUGACCUGGUUGUGCAGCCAAGCUGCGUCUCAGCUGGACAAGUGCCUGGAGGCAGCCAACACCCUCUUUGGGAGCAGCGUGAAGUCGAGUGUUUUCAGGCUCUGAGCUCAACACAUGCGUUGUGCUACAGAGCAGCACCAUCAGCAGAGCUACAAAGGGCGAGAAAAUAUAGCCUAAAUUCACCUACCGUGCUGGGAUACCACUAUUGCUACUAGCUGGGGUCUUA